AUGCUCGCCUUUUUCGCUCAAGUCUUGCUCAUUGUCUCAGGCGCACUUGCGGUGCCAGUGGAGAACGCUGGAAACUCAGCAACCGUAGGCAAGAUACGAGGCGUUCGCGAUCCGAUCUACCAUCUGUAUCUCCAGGCCAACUCUAAAAAUGCAUCCAUACCCGUCCUGGGCCCCGAAACUGCAGCUGACGAAUUUACUAUUGGUGGCACAAUUCAAUCGAAGAAGACAAGUCUGUACCUGAACAUAGCGACCACGUCGACAAGCUACAAGCCAUUGGUAUGGGGGACGACUGGGGAUACGACAGCAUGGGGGUUGGAGGGUGACACCAUUAUAACUGUACAAGGUAGCAGCUACGGUCGGCGAGUCGUGACCGGCGCGAACAAGGGCAUUGGACGCGCAAUCGUCCAGCAGCUAGCCCUCCAAUAUCCCAAGUCGCCGCUUAACAGCGGACCCUUUUUGAUUUACCUGACAGCUCGUGAUCAAGGCAGGGGAGAAGCUGCCGUCAAGGACCUGGAGCAAGAUGCGCAGCUCAAGGAGGCAAAGGCAUUGAAGGCCGACGGAGGGCUAUCGGAGAUUAAAUUCCACUUGCUUGAUAUCACGAGCAGCAGCAGCAUCAAAACCCUCGCAGACCACUUGAAGCAGGCGCACGGAGAUGGCAUUGACUUUGUCAUCAACAACGCGGGAAUUGCCAUGGAUGGCUUUAACGCCGAUAUUGUCAAGACAACCCUCGACUGCAACUACUACAAGACGCUCGAGGCAUGCCACGCUUUCCUUCCCCUCCUGAAGCCCACGGGCCGCAUCGUAAACCUCGGCAGCAUGGCUGGUAAACUCAACAAGUACUCCGAAGAAGUCCGUAACCGCUUCCUCGCCUCCAAGACCGAGGAAGAUGUCACAGAGAUCAUGAAGGAGUUCGUUUCUGCUGUGGAGGCUGGCAAAGAGAAGGACGCUGGAUUUCCUAGUGCAGGUUAUGCUGUGAGCAAGGCGGGAAUAAUUGGAGGCACACGAGCGCUGGCCAGACAGGAGAAGGAAAAGGGAAGCAAAGUGUUGAUCAACGUCUGCUGUCCUGGCUACGUCAAUACCGAUAUGACGAAAGGCAACGGAACACGAACUGUAGAAGAAGGAGCUCAAACGCCGGUGCUGCUUGCAAUCCAUGACAUUCAGAACAAGACGGGUAGCUUCUGGCAGUACGAGAAGGAGAUCGACUGGGUUGGAUAG